CCAACUAAAGCCCAAGUAUUUAAUUUCUGAGUCUCUGAACUCUCGCAGAGUUUAAAAGUAAUUUAUAUAAAAAGUGUGAUUAAGUAUCAACAGUUUUAUUUAAAGAGAAACAUUAUAGCCAUAACAAAUAUAAUAAAUAAUAAAAAUGUGUAAGAAACUCUAAAAGUUGCCGAUUCUGUCAGAUUCUUAACCAAGUACUUGGAGCAUGCGAAGUGAACUGGAACCUUGCCAAUUCAUGAAAAUCAAUAUUAACAGAUUCGCAGAAAGAGCAUUCUCUCCAUAAGAUAGCAUACAUUUUUAGAUUCAUCAUUCAUGAUAUCCCAAGUGACCGUGACACUUAAAACCCCUUUCUACUGAUUUUUCUCACCCGUCCCCGCAAGUGACGUAAUCUGAGAAAACGCGGAAAUUUUAAAUUUCAAAGUUAACAGGAGCUCACUGGAACAGGAGCGAAAUCAAUCAAUUUAAAAACAGACGUAAGACAAAAUAUGUAUAUAGAAAUAUUUAUAAUGAAGCUGCUCGGGGAAACCCUCAAGUAGCGAAAGGGUCCGAGGUGCUACGAAAGGGCACGAGACGCCAGAUAGUGACAUUAAAGCCUCUCGAUGCGCAUGUUUCCCGCGCAAAUCACGACUACGACAUACUACAUACUUCCCCCACUACUGGUAAAAUAAUAUCGCGAAUCCCCCGCGAAACCGGAAGACCCCGGGCAGUUGGACAUCGUGGUUAACGCUAACUGUCGAUAUGGCGACGUUCAUACCCGCGACGUGACUCGCGAUCAUUUUUUACUCUCUUUAUUCUUAUUAUUCUUCUAUUGCUAUCAACUUUACCUCAACUACUACUGUUAUUGUUCCGUCACAAACUGUCCGUGUUAUCACACUACCCUUUUAAAUUUAAAUAAUAAAAGCAUGUGUCGAAUGCUAAAUUGUGAAAAGUGAGUUUUCUUUAAAAACACUUUUAUUGUAAGUGAAACCACAAUUAUGAUUCAUGAAAAUUUAUAAAUUGAGAAUAAUGAUGAGUUUGCAUCAUCGCUGCUCAUUAAAUAGGAAAUGACGCGUUUUUUAAAUUAAAAUUUUACUCGUCUUAUAAAGUAAUCUGGAUGAUAAGAAUUUAAUUCAUCACUAGAGUAAUUAUUGUUGUUGUUAAUUGUAAUUAUUUAACGGUGAGAUUUAUUAAGACUAGGUCACAGACUGCACUAGGGUGACCGUGUCGUUAAUGAUUUAUAUCCCUCGACUUCUAAAUAUACACAAACGACACGUACCUCGUAAUAGCUUCAAGUAGUUAGUGAAGCGUAGUAAGAAAAAGUUUUGUUAAAAAUAUAAAUAAACAAAGUUGUCGGCUAUUUUUGGGCCUGGCCUGUAGUUUUAACACCACUCAUCCUAAAGCAAACUCAACACGGAGCAACGUGAUCAUCAUCAGUUGCCUCGGUAUCUUUUUCCUCAUAAGUCAGCAGGCUCGUAUCAACCAGAAUGUGGAUUUUUAUUUAAAAACUCAAACGGAGUACUGAAAUUAUGGCGACACAAAGAGGCUCAUUAGAGUAAAUCCCUUCUAAAUGUCCAGUGGGCGAGAUAAUGACGUUUAUUAUUUAAUUAUGUGAUGAUAUAUUUAACAAUAAAAUCCAAUUUGCUAUUCACAAGACGUAAUGAUUUAAGUACGCAGUCCUAUUUCUCGGCUCCGCGAGUUGUUAUUUAAUAACAGUGAUUAGUUUUAAUUGUUUAUAAAUGUAUAUAUGUAUGUAUAUGUAUAUAUAUGUGGGUGAGUAGUAUGGGCAAUUAGAGACGAUGUCCGACACAAGUGCAGGUGUGGGAGCUGGGACAGGUGAUGGUGAUGGUGUGGGUGCGGGUGCGGGUGUUCCGGGUUUUGAAGAUUUGAUAUUUUUCCCGGGUAGUUUGAAAAGGUGCGGGGGUGGUAUGAGUUCUCCAGCAUUAGGCGGUAGUAAUGACGAUGCCACUGUUGCUCGUGUUGUUGGAAUGGUUGGUAAUUUAGCGGGUGCUGUUGCUGGAUUACCACGUACACAUUCUAUGUCUGCAUUAAGGUCGAGACCCACACGACGGGCUGUGUUUUGGGAGCAACAGUGUUUUGCUUCACCAACCAAACGUGAUUAUCAUGGCGAAGAUCUCAUCGUUACGCCAUUCGCCCAAAUACUUGCCUCAUUACGAUCCGUUAGAAACAACUUCCUGUCGCUCACAAAUGUACCAACCAACAAAUCCCGUAGAAGCAGCGGGGCACAGGGAAGUAAUACACCACAGCCACGUGUUUUGGCGCCCGGAGAUGAAACCUACAUGAAAAUGGCCGUCGAAACAAUGGAAGAACUUGACUGGUGUUUAGAUCAGUUGGAAACUAUUCAAACUCAUCGGUCUGUUUCGGAUAUGGCAUCUCUUAAGUUCAAGAGAAUGUUGAACAAAGAGCUUUCACACUUUUCGGAGUCUUCAAAGUCUGGUAAUCAAAUAUCUGAGUAUAUCUGCAGCACUUUCCUUGACAAACAACAAGAAUUGGAUUUGCCGUCGCUGCGUAUCGAGGAUGGAGUAGUAGCCGGCAUUUCCGGCGAUUCGAGAUCAGCAAAGAAAAAAGAACGAGCUCAGCGAGGUCCAGCAGCGAUGUCCCACAUCAGCGGGGUGAAACGUCCACUGACCCACACCAACAGUUUCACCGGGGAGCGAGUGCCUGUUCACGGGGUGGAGACUCCCCACGACGAAGAACUCACCAAGGUAUUAACGGAUGUCGACAAGUGGGGCAUCGAUAUAUUCAGGGUGGCCGAGCUGAGUAACAAUAGACCAUUGACCUGCGUAGCCUACACGGCAUUCCAGAGCCGCGAUUUGCUCAAAUCACUCGCAAUACCGCCCAAGACUUUUGUUACCUUUAUGAUGACUCUUGAGGAUCACUAUGUCAAGGACAAUCCCUUCCACAACAGCCUUCACGCGGCCGACGUAACACAAUCGACGCACACGCUGCUCAAUACGCCCGCGCUUGAGUCCGUCUUCACACCACUGGAAAUCAUGGCCGCCUUGUUUGCCGCGACAAUUCAUGACGUCGAUCACCCGGGUCUUACCAAUCAAUUCCUCAUCAAUUCCAGCUCGGAGCUGGCGCUGAUGUACAACGACGAGUCUGUGUUGGAGAACCACCACCUGGCAGUGGCUUUCAAGCUCCUGCAGAACGAGGGCUGUGACAUAUUUGUCAACAUGUCAAAGAAGCAGCGUCAGACCGUGAGGAAAAUGGUCAUCGACAUGGUUCUAUCGACGGACAUGUCCAAGCACAUGUCGCUGCUAGCUGACCUCAAGACCAUGGUCGAGACCAAGAAGGUCGCGGGCUCUGGUGUCCUGCUGCUGGACAACUACACAGACCGGAUCCAGGUGCUAGAGAACCUGGUCCACUGCGCCGACUUGUCGAACCCGACCAAACCCUUGCCCCUCUACCGUCGGUGGGUCGGCCUGCUGAUGGAGGAGUUCUUCCAGCAGGGAGACCGCGAGCGCGAGCAAAACAUGGACAUCAGUCCGAUGUGCGACCGACACAACGCUACCAUUGAAAAGUCACAAGUCGGAUUCAUUGACUAUAUUGUGCAUCCGCUGUGGGAAACUUGGGCUGACCUCGUUCAUCCGGACGCCCAGGAUAUUCUCGACACGCUUGAAGAGAACCGUGAUUGGUACCAAUCUAUGAUACCUCCCUCGCCCCCCUCUGAUGACCAACAGGGAAGUGAGCAGCUCUCUGACCGUAUUCACUUUCAGGUAACGCUGGAAGAAGGCGACGAGACGAUCGAGAACAUUGACGACGACGGGGACAUGAGCGGGGAAGAUCAAGAGGAAGCCUCAACGGAGCCUGGGAUGUGACGGAAAUUGGCGGGUAUUUGCAAAAAACUACACGAAAAGUUUCAGCAGUCAUGGUGGCGAGCGCACCCAUAAUCGCCCACUACUUAGUUAUCACAUCAGCAUUAGACCAUGCUUUUAACCAAAUAUUAAUAUAUGUGUAUAUAUAUUCACCACUAUAUAGAACAGCAUAUAUGCAUGUACAUUUAAUGACAGGUGACGAUGGUAUGAUAUCUGCAUGAAAGUAUCUUAGCUUAUUAGCAGAUUGUCGGCAGGACCGUCGGCUGGACCGACUUUAAAUUGUAACUCGAUAUUUUACCAUCGUCUCCACCACAAUAAUAAUAAUAAAUUUAACUUUAACAUAAAUAAUAAUAAUAAUAAUAUUAAUAUUAAUGUGUGAUUUUGUAUCACCAAUCCAGAGGAUCAGAUAAAAAAAAAACUCUGCUCAUGUAUGAACUAGACUCGUAAAGAAAAAAAUACAGUAUACUGGAGAAUGAAUCUCAACUUGUACCUGUUGGGCAUGACCAAAAGCAUCGGAAGAAAGUGUUUAUCCAAAUAAAUAAUAAUUAAAAAUGUUGAGCGGAUAUUAAUUUAAAUGGAUCAACAGAAAGUCGUUUUGAAAUCUUAAAUAUAUCGUUCAGUCGCCGCAUAUUAUUACAAACGACAUAUCAGCUGAAAGACGUAUAUGUUAACAAGUAUAUAUAUAAAUAAAAUAAAUACAUCUAUACAAAAACAAUAAGUAUAUGUAUGAAAAUAAAAUAAAUGCUUUCAAGUACGAGAUAAAUCUACUGAAAGCUCCAGGAUGUUCGCUAUCGAUCUCACUGUCAGCUUUAUAAUUUAUCAAUCAACCUUUUUCCGGGAUUUCAUGUCCGUACUCUAAAGUCUAUCCUUCGAGUUAUUUUUUUAUUUAAGUGCUUUACGAAAAUCGUUUGACCGGUAGACCAAAGGAUAAGCAAAAAUAUAUAUAUAUAUAUAUAUAUAUAUAUAAAAAAAAGUUUGUUUAAAUUAUUGUUUGUAUUUUAUUAAAAGAUCCGCCAUAUCGUCCGCGUCUGUGUAAUCUCUAUAAAUAUAUGAAAAUUAAUUUAAAAAAAAAAAAAAACAAAAAAAAAAUGAAUCUGUUGCGAAUGAGCCAAGUGAUAUAUCGCAGAGCCGGUCUCUGUGAGGUUUAUGCACUAAUUCAAAAAUAUAUUUUGGUUUUUUUUAGUUUACAUAUAUAUAUAAAUAUAUAAUUUUUAAACUAACGCGCAAAGUAAAUUUAUUAUUAAUUACACUUUAAUUAUCACGCUGUACUUUUAACGUACAAUUAUUUUAUAACCAAAGAAUAUUUAAUCUCUUUCUUUAUUAAUUACCGUAUAUUUUAUUUGUGAUUAAAUAUGUCGAUCAUAUAUAUUUUAUUUAAAAAGUAAAGUAAAAAAACUUCCAUGUUCUGAGGUCUGAAUUUAUUUUAAAAUUAAAGUGGAAAAAAAAAUGACAUUUGAAUUAAUGCUGAUAAAUUGAUAAAUAUGAAAAUUAAAGCAUUAAACGAAGAUUAUCUCUGAUAUGUAUAUGUAGUGAUAAAUAUAAUUGUAUUAUAGAUGAAUGGAUGAGAAAAAAAAAUGAAAAAAUCCAAAAAAAAUGUAUCAGUGUCUCAUAAUUUAAUUAUUUGAUUAUGACGUUUAAAUGACAACUAGUAUAAGUGCGCGUGUGUUUGGUGCUGGCCACCAACUAAAUAUAUACAUAUAUAAAUAUAUAUAUAACAUAUACAUAAAAUAAUUGGGUCUAUUGUUACCGAGUAGUUACAAUAUUUAAAAAAAAUCUAAAACAUUUAAAUGGAACCUCGCGUACGCGGCUGAUUAGACUUGAGGUAAAAAUAUGUGACUCUAAUAUAUGUAAUGAAAUUAUAUAAUUAAAGUAUUUAUUGUUAAGUGAUUAUUAUUUAUCUUCCAUUGGAAUAAUUGUACAAAAUGUUUAAAAAUUUAAAAAUAAUAUUUAUUAUUGAGAAAGUUACUGACGUCCCGCGGAGUUUUACCGCGAGGAGAAUAAAUUUUGUAUUUUUCGUUUUUUUAUUUUUUAAUUAUUUAUUUAUAUUCGUUUACAAAAAAUAGCUCUGCGAAGGGAGCAUGAAUGGUGAUGAAUUUGUAAAAAAUAUUAACAAAAAUAAUAAUAAUAAUAAUAAUAAUAAUAAUAAUAAUGAUGAUUGAUUGAAUUUAACUACCGGGUGCCCAGGGUAAAAAGUCAUGAUUAGAGCAAAGCACCCGUAACUUUUGAUAAUCGUCAAAAAUCUGAUGAAAUAAUAAUAAUAAUAAUUAUAAUUAUAAUAUUGAUGUAAUAACAUAAAAGUGACCCGGUUGAUAUAAUUAACAAUGCAACAUAAUAAUAAAUGAAAAUAAAUAAUUGCAAGUGCAUCAGAAAUUGAAGUUUUGGUGGAAAUAUUGUGAGUAUUUGAGGCUGAUUUUUUGAGAAUCGCUUCGAGAAACGAUUACCAGAUUGUGCAAUAGUUAUCGAGAAAGAUAGAUUAAUGAUAAUAUUAAUAUUUAAUGAUUAAUGAUAAAAUACAUUGUGUUUGAUUGCUGGACAGUUAAAUGGCAUGUAUUUAAAAUAUCGUGUAACCUCGUACGAGAUGUAUGUCUAUUAAAAAACAUAUUUAUUGUGGAA